AUGCCCAGUGUCCCUCUGAUCCGCACAUUCAUACAAGAGCGUGACUCUAGUGGCGAACAUCCACCUCCCAGAUAUUUGCAGGAAGCCAACUCCAAGGUUUACGUCGCCCAUCCUGGAGAGAUUGCAGCCCCCAACUGUGGAUUUCCCAUUUGUACUGCGCUAACACAGGAAAGACGAACUGAGUUGUUGAUGGAUUUGCGCGACAUCAUCGAUGUCGACAUCCGGGACCCAACCUUCUCCUUGAACAGUAUGAGACAAGGCAUUCACCUCUGGUCGCGAGAGAUCUCCACUGAAUACAGCUUCCUCCACCGCGAGCUACUCUUCUUACGUGAUCAUGACGAGACUGGUGAAGCAGUCCUCGAGAUCAUGGGAGAACCACCGGGCGCCCAGCUCGUCUGGAGCACAAUCACUUUUGGCUGGGCACUGAUGAGGAGCAAAAAUGAUCAGGAAUUUCAUACUGCUUCCAGAAUUCAACGCGCCAUCAGGACCAACAUUUUGAGUCAUCCAAGAUUGACCAGCAACCCACCUUUGUGGCUGGUCCAGACUUUGUUCAUUGUGUUACUCUUCGCGAGGUACCAAGGCACAUCUGAGGAAUGCGGUGCCGCUUCGAUGUUUCAUGGAGUCCUGUUAGAGGCCGUUUUGAGGCUCGACUGCGGCGCUGAAAAGGUGCUCAAUCACCCUCGCAGGAGGUGUGAAUCGGCCACAUUGAACUGGAUAGCUUGGGUGGAAGCUGAAGCUGUCAGACGACUCAUCGUUCAGACCUUCGUAUUGGACGUCAAACACGCCUUCCUCUUUGGCGGCGAACCUACGAUGACAUUCCGGGACAUGAUGAAUCUUCGCAUUCCCAGCGACCUAGAUGGAGCGUGGUAUGCUCAGACGAGUGGGGAGUGGGAGACAGCUAUGUCCUGCGUAGAUAUUACUGCAACGCCGCCCUCGUUCAUCGAACUUUUGAAAGAGUUCUGGCGCCCCACCGCCUCAGAUCCAUACUCCAACAGCAGCCUUUCAGGAUCUAUUACGGUCAUGUACGGCAUUCUAUCUGUUGCGAGGGAGGUGGCACGGCGCGAGGACAGUGUCAUUUCUCAGCGGCCAAACCACCAACCAUCGUCAUUGGGCAAUACCGUCGAGCGCUCUCUGGUGGUGUGGGAACAGUCAUGGCGAACAGCACGGUCGAAUAGCAACUUACCAUGGAUGGUGCCCAGCUGCACCUGCGUCUUGCAGCUGGCGCAAAGUACCCUUUACGAUGUCUCACCCGUCGAUCUACAGGUCAUUGCCGGAAAGCAUGUCAUUGAAGGGAAGCGGAAAGGCCCAACCGAUUACUCAAACGCACAGCGCAAGAUACGACUGUGGGCAAAAGAGGAACGGGGUCGAAAAGGGGUUGCCGGUCCGUGUGUACCCUUCCAUUAA